AUGAGCCGCCAGUUCAGUUCUCAGUCUGCAUUUAGCUCAAGGAGCAGGAGGGCCUAUAGCAGCAGGUCUUUAUCAGGCUUUGGAGGUGGGAGACAGGCUUUGGUGUCUGUGAGUCAGUCGAGGAAGUAUGGAGGUGAUUACGGUGGUGGGUUCAGUUCCAGGAGUCUCUACAGUCUGGGUGGUAGUAAAAGCAUCUUUGGAAGCCUAGUGGGGCGAAGUGCUAGUGGUUUCUGCCAGAGUAGAGGGGUAGGAGGAGGAUUUGGAGGAGGGUUUGGAGGAGGAAGAAGCUUUGGUGGAGGUGGCUUUGGGGGUGGCUAUGGUGGAGGUGGCAGAUUUGGAGGUGGUUUUGGGGGUGCUGGAUUUGGCCCUGGCAACUUUGGGCUUGGGGGCUUUGGCCCUUCUUAUCCUCCCGGGGGCAUCCAUGAGGUGACUAUUAACCAGAGUCUCCUGGAGCCCCUUCACCUGGAGGUGGAUCCUGAAAUUCAGAGGGUCAAGACCCACGAGCGGGAACAGAUCAAGACUCUCAACAACAAGUUUGCCUCCUUCAUUGACAAGGUUCGCUUCCUGGAGCAGCAGAACCAGGUGCUACAGACAAAAUGGGAGCUGCUGCAGCAGGUGAACACCUCCAUUCGGACCAGCAGCCUGGAGCCAAUCUUUGAGGACUUCAUCAAUCAACUGCAGAGGCAGGUGGAUGCUCUGACCACCGAGCAGUUGCGCCAGAACACGGAGAUCAGGACCAUGCAGGAUGUUGUGGAGGACUACAAGAACAAGUAUGAGGAUGAAAUCAACAAACGGACCAAUGCAGAGAAUGACUUUGUUGUUUUGAAGAAGGACGUGGAUGCUGCUUUCAUGGGCAAAUCAGACUUGCAGUCCAAAGUGGACACGCUGUAUGGGGAGAUCAACUUCCUCAAAUAUCUAUUUGAUACGGAGCUGUCCCAGAUACAAACCCACGUCAGUGACACCAAUGUCAUCUUGUCAAUGGACAAUAACCGCUCCCUGGACCUGGACAGCAUCAUCGAUGCCGUGCGCACCCAAUACGAAUUAAUUGCACAGAAGAGCAAAGAUGAGGCUGAGGCCCUAUACCAGACCAAGUACCAGGAGCUGCAGAUCACAGCUGGGAAACAUGGAGAUGACCUGAAAAAUACUAAGAUGGAGAUCUCAGAGCUCAACCGCAGCAUCCAGAGGCUGCAGGCAGAGAUUGCCAACGUCAAGAAGCAGGUCGAACAGAUGCACGGAUCCAUUUCCGGUGCAGAGGAGAGAGGAGAAAGGGCACUCCAGGAUGCCAAGCAGAAGCUGCAGGAAAUGGAAGAGGCCCUACAGCAGUCUAAGGAGGACCUGGCCAAGCUGCUGAGAGACUACCAGGCAAUGCUGGGUGCCAAGCUGUCCUUGGACGCGGAGAUCGCCACCUACCGCCAGCUUUUGGAGGGCGAGGAGAGCAGGAUGUCGGGGGCCCUGCAGAGCCAAGUGAGCAUCUCUGUGCAGAGUAGCCAGGUGACCAUUGGUGGCGGCGGCUCAGGAAGUUAUGGAGGCGGCAGUUCCCGCGGAGGCGGAGGCAGCGGCGGUUACGGAGGAGGAUCAGGCUCCCGUGGUGGCGGCGGUGGCAGUGGAGGCGGGAGCUAUGUCUCAAGUAGCAGAAGCAGCAGCAAAUACAGCGGCGGCGGCGGCGGCUCCUCCCGCACGCAGAUACUGCAGACCUCCACCCACAGCUCGCGCAGGCACGUGGUGGAGUAGCAGCCACGCUGCUGCACUUGUAUAGCCUUCUCCCGCAAUCUCUCCCGGGCUCUCUCACCUAUCUUUUCUCAAUGGGUCUCAGCACGUGUCCGGGUGACACUCAGACUCUGGUCUUACCACUAUCCUGAUCCUCAGGGGCUUUGUCCAGCAACGAAGAAAAAGCUUGGUGAACAACUUCACUAAGCUCCCCAGUCCCAGGUUCGUUGGUAAACUGGACAGCUCAGUAAAUAAUAACCCACCCUGCAGAGGCAAGCUUGCUUAGCAAGGGAGCCAUGUGAGCCAAGAGCCUUCUGUAGGCUCACACUCUUUCACCAGGACAGCAAGGGUAGGUUUGUUGUUCUGAUUCAGUACCUGCAGGCCAUGCCUGUGCUGACCUGUGUCCACUGGUUAAGUCUGUCGGAUAUUUCAGUUGAUAUGGAGACUUAAGAAGUGGGUGUGGAUGGGAUAGGUUGGUCAUCAAGCUCUGUUUCUAUCCCUCCCACUUUCAGCAGACCCCUGCAUUUAGAGCCAUCCCCUUCCCUGCUGAGAAGUGCUCAAACACCAGCACGGUGGUGGGGCAGCCCUGCUCCAUACAAUUGUCUGGGCCUGGGGAGUGAGAGUUGCUGACUUGGAUUGUAGAGUGGUCCAGCCUUGUGCCAAUGUGGAAAUGGCCAGGCUUUUUGCAGACAACUCAAGAUUCGUUUUCAGACCUCCUUUGUCCCUUCUGUUCUCUGGUUCUGAGACUUUGUCUCCUAAUUUAAAAUUUAAUUUACAGUUCUAUCAGAAAUACUUGAGCUGUGCUGAGGGGGCAGGAAGAGGAAAGGACCAGCCAAUGAAGAGUCAUGAGAGAGGGAAUGUGCCUUUGCUUCGUGUCCGGAGACCCUUUCACUUGCUUGCCUAGUUUCUACAUCUAUAAUUCUGUCCGGGAGAGCUUCUCUGCAGGGGCUGCUGGGUAAUGCUUGUGACCUCAUUUCCUGGUUGGAAGUUGAACUCUGAAGGGCU